CCAUUGUCUACUUUCAUUAUUCAUAGUCUAAACGAUAUAGUCGGUUAUAAAGAUUUCCAAAGGGAAUGCUAAUUGAAAUCAGUUUGAAUUAUUCUACAGUGAAUUAUCCAAACUGUAAAUUAUAAUUAGUUCGUUACAAACUUCUGACAUCUUUUGGGUAUUUGUGUUUUUUGGUUACAUGUUCGCGGGGAUAUUGCAAAUUGCUAUGUGGUUUUAUGUUGUUAUGGUUUUUUUUUUAAGAAAAUGCUUCAAAAAAAUGUCUUCCUGGUAUAAUCUUAAAUGUUGUUUGUAUGACUGCAUUUCUGAAUUCUGCGCGAAUGUUUCUAAAAUGUAUUAAUUAUUCAUGUUUUUCUUUGGGCGGAAACAGUUAACACCAUAAUGAGCCGGAGUGUGAGGGGGCUGGGUUUAAACGCGCAGUGUGCCAGUGGCAGGCAGGCAGGCAGCGCGCACACACACACACACACACACACACACACACCGUACUGUACAUUGAUGGAGCCGCUAAUCUCUGUCAGUCCGGCAGAGCCCCGUGAGAAAGCAACGCUGCGGGUCUGAUCCUACGCUGCGAAUCUUACACCGUCGGACACCUUGGCAAGCCCGGCCACGGCUGGUACAGAACCUGCGUGUUGUGAGCAGCCUGGAGGACGCUGAAUCCCCAACUGAAGGAAUGUGCCGUUUCACUGACACGCGCUAGUAAAGUCACACUAGGAGGUCAGUUCAGAUGGUGAAUGCUCUGCCGCGAAGUUUACGCACUGAAUUUGCAAUUACUCGCGGUGAUGAAGGCUUUUUUUUUUUUUUUUUUUUUUUACUUGAAUGAAUGACGCCACCGCCGCAAACAGGCUCCGCAAGCAGAUGUAUUUAAGGAAUUGGAAGAAGUGGUGAAUGUAAGAUUAUUAAAGCAUCUCCGAAAAUCGAGGCUUUGUCCAGGUAGAGCAUUUUGGAAACAUUAUUUUUUUUUUUGUCCCUACUGUGGAUGUGAGUCCAGCGCAUCAGUUUACAACCCAGAAGACAGACAGCAGCCGCGCUGGAGGGAACAGGAUAACCGGGAUACCCAGUUUAAAUGAAGAGAAACAUGUGAAGACCCUUGCAGAGAUUUGACCUGCAAGUUAGCCUUCAACAACAGAAAGGCGAAGGUCCCUUCCAUUCUUCGCCUCGUUCGUUCUCUCUGCUUCCUUUGCCGUUUCCUUGCAGGCCCAUCAAACAUGGCGGGCCGGCGGGCUACACGCAGGACUUUAUCGCCUGACCCUAAAGUAGGAGCUAUGGCUACUCUGCUAAGCUUUUGGCUCUUAGCGGCCCCUGCCUUGUGCAGUGGGCAGACAUUCACUAGUUUCCACCCUGAACGCCGGGACUGGGCGUUCAACCACCUGACGGUUCACCAGACCACGGGGGCAUUGUAUAUCGGAGCAGUCAACCGUGUGUACAAGCUCUCAGGCAACCUGACCCUCCUCGUUUCCCAUGAUACAGGCCCAGAGGAUGACAACAAGGCCUGCUACCCCCCUCUGAUUGUCCAGCCCUGUUCUGAGCCCCUUGUCUCGACCAACAAUGUCAACAAGCUUCUCCUCAUUGAUUAUUCCCAAAAUCGGUUGCUGGCCUGUGGCAGCCUCUACCAGGGUGUCUGCAAACUCCUCAGAUUGGAUGACCUCUUUAUCUUAGUGGAGCCCUCCCACAAGAAGGAGCACUACCUCUCCAGUGUCAACCAGACUGGGACUAUGUACGGGGUCAUUGUGCCUUCACAGGGCCAGGAUGGCACACUAUUUAUUGGCACAGCAGUAGACGGAAAACAGGACUACUUUCCCACCAUCUCCAGUCGAAAGCUGCCCCGUGAUCCAGAGUCUUCUGCGAUGCUAGACUAUGAAUUGCACACUGACUUUGUGUCCUCCCUCAUCAAGAUACCAUCAGACACACUGGCACUGGUCUCCCACUUUGACAUCUAUUAUGUUUACGGCUUUGCCAGUGGCAGCUUUGUUUACUUCCUGACUGUGCAGCCCGAGACGCCAGAGAACAGCAUGUCAUCAAGCGGAUCCACCAAUGACCUCUUCUACACUUCUCGCAUUGUCCGCCUCUGCAAAGACGAUCGCAAGUUUCACUCCUAUGUCUCUCUGCCUAUUGGCUGUGUGAAGAACGGCGUUGAGUACCGGCUGCUGCAGGCCGCCUACCUCGGCAAGCCAGGCCGCAUUCUCGCUGUCUCGCUCAACAUCAGCGCCCAAGAUGACGUGCUCUUCACCAUCUUCUCCAAGGGCCAGAAGCAGUUCCAUCGCCCACCGGAUGACUCGGCGCUCUGCGUCUUCACCAUCCGAGACAUCAACGCACGUAUCAAGGAGCGCCUGCAGUCCUGCUACCAGGGAGAAGGAAACCUGGAGCUCAACUGGCUGCUUGGGAAAGAUGUGCAGUGCACCAAAGCGCCGGUGCCCAUUGACGACUCUUUCUGUGGUCUGGACAUCAACCAGCCGCUUGGUGGUUCACAGCUGGUGACCGGUCACACUCUCUACACCGAGACUCGGGACCGAAUGACUUCUGUCACCUCCUAUGUCUACAAUGGUUACUGUGUAGCCUUCGUGGGCACCAAGAGUGGACGCCUAAAGAAGAUUCGUGUCGACGGGCCGCCUCACGGUGGUGUCCAGUAUGAGACGAUAUCGGUCAUCAAGGACGGCAGCCUUGUCCUGCGAGAUAUGGCUUUCUCCCUCGACCGCAACUACCUCUACGUCAUGUCUGAGAGACAGGUUAUCCAGGUUCCCAUCGAGUCAUGUGAGCAGUACGGGACCUGUGGAGAGUGUUUGAGCUCCGGGGACCCACACUGCGGCUGGUGUGUCCUGCAUAAUAUCUGCUCUCAGAGGACCCGGUGUGAGCGUGCAGAUGAGCCUUACCGUUUCGCCGCCUCUCUCAACCAGUGUGUGAAGGCCACUGUGUACCCAGACAGCAUUGCGGUGUCAGAGCCCAGCGUACCUCUGCUGGUGAAGGUGAGCCACGUUCCAGACCUUUCUGCGGGCAUCACUUGCUCCUUCGGCAACCUGACGGAGGUGGAGGGGCAGGUCAAUGGCAACCAGAUACUGUGUGUGUCUCCUACUGCCAGGGACGUCCCCGUCAUUCCCCCCGACCAAGAUUGGUCAGGCGUUGAGCUGAGGCUCAACUCUAAGGAGACUGGUCAGAUGCUUAUCAGCACAGAGGUCAAGUUUUACAACUGCAGCGUCCACCAACUGUGUCUGUCUUGUGUGAACAGUGCCUUCCGCUGCCACUGGUGCAAGUACCGCAACUUGUGUACCCAUGACCCCUCCAGCUGUUCUUUCCAGGAGGGACGAGUCAACGCCUCUGAGGACUGUCCCCAACUGGUGCGCUCUGGGGAGAUUCUCAUCCCAGUGGGGGAGGUGAAGCCUAUCACCCUGAGGGCAAGGAACCUGCCCCAGCCCCAGUCCGGUCAGCGAGGCUACGAGUGCGUCCUCCACAUCCAGGGGGUCAGCCACCGAGUCACCGCCCUCCGCUUCAACAGCUCCAGCGUGCAGUGCCAGAACAGCUCGUAUCUGUACGAGGGAAUGAAAAUCAGUGAGCUGCCUGUGGAUUUCUCGGUGGUGUGGAACGGCAACUUCAUCAUCGAUAACCCGGAGAGUAUCCAAGUGCACCUGUACAAGUGUGCAGCCCAGCGAGACAGCUGCGGCACGUGCCUGAAGGCGGAGAGGAAGUUCCAGUGCGGCUGGUGCAGUGGGGAGGGAAGGUGUACUCUGCGGCACCACUGCCCUCCCAUCAAUCCUUACACCACCCGCUGGCUCAACCUGUCCAGUAAGAAUGUCAAGUGCACCAACCCACGCAUCGCUGAGGUGACCCCAGUGGCUGGACCGCCAGAGGGAGGCACACGGGUGACCAUCCAUGGCACAAACCUUGGUCUGGCCUUCUCGGACAUGGUGGGCAACGUGGAGGUGGCUGGGGUGAGGUGCACCCCUGUAGAGGAUGGCUACAUCAUCGCUGAACAGAUUGUAUGUGAGAUGGAUGCCGCUCCUGCAGAGAGUCGCCCUGGUCCAGUCCAGCUGUGCGUUGGAGAGUGCAGACCAGAGCUCAGGGCUCGCUCCUUGCAACUUUACUCCUUUGUGAUUCCCACAGUCACAGGUCUGUCCCCUAGCAGAGGUCCAGAGUCCGGGGGCACGAAAGUAACGAUAAUGGGAGAAAACCUUGGUGCCGGCAGCAGUGUCAACGUUCAGUUUGGAAACCAGACAUGCGAGUUCUUUGGACGGACCAUGACGGAGAUAGUGUGCUACUCCGCCCCUUCCCUGUCUGGGGUCGGCCAAGUGCAGAUCAGCGUGAGCGUGGACCGCGCCCAAAUCAGGGAGAGCCUCGCCUUCGAGUACAUAGAGGACCCAACCGUCCAGCGCAUCGAACCAGACUGGAGCAUUGCAAGCGGCCACACACCCCUGAUGGUGUCGGGGACCAAUUUGGACGUGGUUCAGGAGCCCAGGAUCCGUGUCAAAUACGCCGGCAGAGAGUCUGUCAAUGUGUGUAAAGUAUUGAACACCACCACUAUGAGCUGCUUGGCUCCCUCCCUGAUGGCAGAGUACAGUCCAGGUUUGGACACAGUAAAGCAUGCAGACGAGUUUGGGUUCAUCUUCAACAACGUCCAGGCGCUGCUGGUCUACAACAACACCAACCUCCUCUACUACCCAAACCCUUACUUUGAGCCUCUCAGCACCAAUGGAGUCCUGGAGCAAAAACCAGGCUCACCCAUCAUUCUCAAGGGCAGAAACCUGGUCCCCCCAGCAUCAGGAGGGGUGAAGCUUAACUACACUGUGCUGAUCGGAGAGACUCCCUGCUCUGUCACUGUGUCUGAGAGCCAGCUGCUCUGUGAGCCGCCCAACCUCACCGGACAGUACAAAGUCAUGGUUCAGGUAGGUGGUCUCCACGUCUCUCCUGGUUCAGUCCACAUCAUGUCUGACAGCCUGCUGACCCUUCCGGCCAUUGUCAGCAUUGCCGCCGGCGGAGGCCUCCUCCUCAUCAUCGUCAUCCUCGUCCUCAUCGCCUACAAGCGAAAGUCGCGCGAAAAUGACCUCACCCUGAAGCGCUUGCAGAUGCAAAUGGACAACCUGGAGUCACGAGUUGCCCUAGAGUGCAAAGAAGCCUUUGCAGAGCUGCAGACAGACAUCAAUGAGCUGACCAGUGACCUGGACAGAGCUGGUAUCCCCCAUCUGGACUACAGGACAUACGCCAUGAGGGUCCUCUUCCCCGGCAUAGAGGAUCAUCCUGUCCUCAGAGAACUGGAGGUGUCGGGGAACGGCCAGCUGAAUGUGGAGAAGGCCCUGAAGCUGUUCGGACAGCUCAUCAACAACAAGGUGUUCCUGCUCACCUUCAUCCGAACACUAGAAAUGCAGCGCUCGUUCUCCAUGAGGGACCGGGGCAACGUGGCCUCACUUAUCAUGACGGCCCUGCAGGGGCGACUGGAGUACGCCACCGACGUCCUUAAACACCUGCUGUCAGACCUCAUCGACCGCAACCUGGAGAGCAAGAACCACCCCAAACUGCUGCUGCGCAGAACGGAGUCGGUUGCAGAGAAGAUGCUUACAAACUGGUUCGCCUUCCUCCUCCACAAAUUCCUCAAGGAGUGUGCUGGGGAGCCUCUGUUCAUGCUGUACUGCGCCAUCAAGCAGCAGAUGGAAAAGGGGCCCAUCGACGCCAUCACUGGAGAGGCCCGCUACUCCCUUAGUGAAGACAAGCUCAUCCGCCAGCAGAUCGAGUACAAAACCUUGACCCUGAACUGUGUGAACCCAGACAAUGAGAACAGUCCAGAGAUUCCGGUUAAGACGCUCAACUGUGACACCAUCACCCAAGUGAAGGAGAAGAUACUGGACGCGGUUUACAAGAACAUGCCCUAUUCUCAGCGUCCACGUGCCGUCGACAUGGACCUCGAGUGGCGCCAGGGGCGAAUGGCUCGUGUGGUGUUGCAGGACGAAGACAUCACCACCAAGAUAGAAAAUGACUGGAAGAGGCUCAACACUCUGAUGCACUAUCAGGUGUCAGACCGCUGCAUUGUGGCUUUGGUGCCCAAACAGACCUCAUCAUACAACAUCCCUUCCUCAGCCAGCAUAUCCCGCAGCUCCAUCAGCAGAUAUGACUCUUCAUUCCGCUACACGGGCAGUCCCGACAGCCUCCGCUCACGUGCCCCCAUGAUAACCCCUGAUCUAGAAAGUGGUGUGAAGGUGUGGCACUUGGUGAAGAACCACGAACACGGAGACCAGAAGGAAGGAGACCGCGGUAGCAAGAUGGUCUCAGAGAUUUAUCUGACCAGGCUGCUAGCUACCAAGGGUACUUUACAAAAAUUUGUCGACGAUCUAUUUGAGACGUUGUUCAGCACAGUUCACCGAGGGAGCACUCUUCCCCUCGCCAUCAAAUACAUGUUUGACUUCCUGGAUGAGCAGGCGGACAAACAUGACAUUCAUGACACAGAUGUACGUCACACGUGGAAAAGCAACUGCCUUCCAUUGCGUUUCUGGGUGAACGUGAUCAAGAACCCGCAGUUCGUGUUUGACAUCCAUAAGAGCAGCAUCACGGACGCCUGCCUGUCUGUAGUAGCUCAGACCUUUAUGGAUUCUUGCUCCACUUCGGAGCACCGCCUGGGCAAAGACUCUCCAUCCAAUAAGCUACUCUACGCUAAAGAUAUCCCCAAUUACAAGAGCUGGGUAGAGAGGUACUACGCUGACAUCAACCGGCUGCCAGCCAUCAGUGACCAGGACAUGAAUGCCUAUUUGGCAGAACAGGCCAGACUCCACUCCACAGAGUUUAACAUGAUCAGCGCUCUCAAUGAGAUCUACUCUUACAUCAGCAAGUACAGUGAGGAGAUCACAGCAGCCCUGGAGCACGAUGAACAGGCGAGGAAGCAGAAGUUGGCCUACAAGGUGGAGCAGCUCAUCUCUGCCAUGUCGCUCGAGAGCUGAGAGUGACCGCCACUCAAAGAGAGAGAGAGAGAGAGAGGACGAGAGAGACAGGACCACAGUCUCCACAGAGCCUCCCAAAACGGUCCCGAAUUACUUACCUCUCAUCGUGGGAGCUACAACCACGAACCAGACCUGGGACCUCUCUGCAUCCAAAGCCGGACCGACAUACAACUGCUUUAGUUUGUAAUUCUCUCACCUCCUUCCAUGAUGGCACCAGCUAAGGGCCCACAGACUAAGAUAGAGGCCCUGCAGCUGGAGCUAAUAAUGGCAUCAGCAGAGAAGGCAACAACAUGGCUUGUAUUUAUUUUUUUUAUUUUUUUUUGUCUCCGUUUCUCUCAGUUUGACAGGAAAUUGUAUGUUUUGUGUGUGUGUGUGUGUGCGCGUGUGUAUGUGUGUGUGCAUGAGUGUGUGUUUGUGUCAUACUGAGGAAGACUCCUGCAAGACGGUGAGAGCAAAUGGAGGAACAAAUUUAUUCCCCACCCAGACAGAAAGUCACAUUUGAGUGUGAAACGGAGACAAAAAAAAGGCGAGAAGCAGAGGAGCAGAUCUCAUGUUGGACAGCUGAGUUUGCUUUCAGAUUUUCUCAGAUUUUAUUUUUGUACUUGUACAUUUGAAUAUUAUCAGUUGCAGUUGAAAAGAAUCCACCCAGGAUCCCAUACGUGUUGUUGUAUAAAGACAUUAAGAGUGCAACACUCCAUCAGCGUAGUGCGGUAGUGAAACGGGCCGUGGCCCAUGUCUUCUCUCACUCCUUCCCUUCUUGGACUGAUGCUUCACGUGACUCGUACAAAACCCUCUGCUUUUUAUCCAAUCAGAAGUGUACAGGAAAACAUGAAACAUGUGCUCAUCAUUGGAAGAGUCAACGGAACUCCGCUCGUGGUGGUCACAGUUCAGCCGGCAUGCUUGCACCUAAACUGAGGGUGACGGAGAUGAAGUCUAUAGUGUAUUUAGGAGAUGACCUUAAAUCAGCAUCAAUCUGGUGUCCAAGGCUUUUUUUUCAGCAGUUAGGUCAUCUGUGUAUGUACCAGCUGAUACUGGCCAAUCAGUGUAUGUGAAUGUACAAAUGUUUUUAGUUUGUUUGUUUGUUUGUAUGUCUAUUUGAGUUUUGCAAACAGAAAGGGGCUCGGUGGAAGCGAGCUCCAUAGAUAUUUGCAGUAGCUCAUCAAGUGAACAACUCCAUUUGUCCGUCCUGGCCCCAGCCCAUCCAGCUGCUUCCCAAACUUUAUUUACCCCAAAUCACUUUUCUGCUAGAGGAGAGGGUGUAUCGUCUGCAUUGUGGCCGUCGCUGCUGUGACUCCGCUGCUCAUACGCCACAGUAUGUGCAGCUUGCAGUUAGUAGGAACCAGACAAGAGCAAUUGGUCUCUGUAGGCUGAAACUCUCAUUUAUAUAACCACAGUGUGUAUCUCUUUGGGAACUUGAUCAACUAUAUGUGUACUUGUCAUGCAUGCUAUCACACAUCAGAAGUGUUCUAAGGGUCCAUCUUUGAUUUUAUCAAGUGCCAAUGAGUCCUGCCAGCUCUAGUUGGCCCGUUGAGGUGUUAGCUGAUGGGAGUUUUUUUUACCCGACCACCACCCAUGUCCUCACACAGACAAUAAGACGUCUAGCUCCGUGGGUUUAGUUUGAACAAGUGCCAAAAGAUCCUGUUGUUUCAAAUUGUUCACUAACGUGUCAAAAAUCGGUUCAUGCUUUAUAGAGGGAGCAAAGCUCUCGAAGCUCUCACGUUGGAGUGUAGAGCCGGUCAAAGCUGAGGCUCUUAUAACUGGAAUGGUGAGUUUUGUGAAAGGUACGGAACAUAAGCAGCAGAAAAGGGAUCUGGGAAUGAGGAAAAAAAAACAUGAAAGACAUAAAAAACUAGUAUGUUUCAUGUUGUGUGGGUGCGUCUCCUGACUUAAACCAAAACGUCUCAAGUUAAAAGGUUGAUGUAACCUUUCAACCUUCUAGCUGGAUGACAACAAACUGUAGAUUGCAUCCUCUGGAUACGCCAUUUAAUUUUGUUUCUGGGAUAUAUGUUUGCUUGUUGUUUACAUCAAGUACUUGAAAAUAGGUAGUAUUAUAGGUUUGCACAGUAUACUGCAAUUGUGUGUGUUGAGAGCAUGAUAAACACCAGUAGUGGGUGAAAGGUGCUUCUUUUCUCUGUGGCCUUAGAUACCCACCUGCUUAGUGUUCCUGAUCUUAUUAGUCCUCGACUCGGGCACAGUCCUUUCAGUGCUUUGGGAGCCACAUGGUUUUUCAGUGAUACCCAGCACUGGCACUCUGCUGAGAACUGUCUUAGCGAGAUAAAGUAAAAGUAAAGGUGAAGAGGCUACAGCCUGGCUCAGGCAGACACUGCCUCGCUCAGCACUCGGCUCGCCUGAGCCGUUUGAAGAGAAGUGUUGAGAAAUGAGGAGAGAGGGAGAGGUAGAAAGAGAGAGAGAGAACCCCUUUAGCUCUAGUUUCCUGCUCCGGCUUUGAAGCUGCUCUUUGAUCUGAGUCAGUUGUGUGCACAGUGUGAUCAGAAGAUGGAAAGAAGAAAAAAAAACAUCAAACUAACAUGCAAGGAGAAAUGUAGGAUGAGGUGAUGAUUGACAUGUUAUUCCUGUGUUCGGCCAGUGGGGGCAGAGUAGUUGUAUUUUGGUCCGUAAUCUGAAAAAGUACCUUCUCGCUCCCUAACUUCCUAAUACACAUCAAUAGGUACACAGUGGCGCAAAUAUACAGUACAUACACAAAACAUAAAGCUUCUUCCUUUUGAUUAAGGUGUCUUCCCAAUUUCAGCAUAUAGAAUUGUAUCCUCCUCAUACCUCACAUUGCUUGUAUGGAGUAAUGCUUUUUAUCAUUUUAACAGGACCUAAAUGCCUUUUCCUUUUUGCAAGGGAUGAAACAAUGUAUGUUUAUUAGAGUAUUUCCAACCCUUACACGAGCUCCCCUGUAUUCAGAAUUGUGACUAACGUAAUCAGAGGCACACAAAUUGGUUGAAAGUGGCUUUGAUUUUUCUCUCAGAGAUCAUUCAUAUCAGGAUGUUUCCUUUUGUCUUGUGUGAGAUUUGUGCAUGCAUUUUAAUUCAUGCUUUAGUUCUGCUCGGUAUUCCAUAUCGAUCCACGCCAUCAUUAGUCGAACUGCAAUUCUUCCCGAAAGCCCAUCUGUGCACAUCUUGCAUCACAGCUGAAUGCACCUUUUUUUUUUUCGUGAAAGAGAUUUUUUUGUCACCAGAUAUAGCUUGUCUCCAUGCUGUACACUCAUUUCUGAGUUUUAAAUUCAGUUUGACUUGAGAAGAGAAAAAUGAGUUUACUCUUUCUGCAGCGCAGAAUCCCAAUUGACUGCCAGUUGUGUGAGAUAUAGAUAGAUUGUCUUAAACACAACCUCUUUUCAGCUCAAGCUAAUUGCUAAUUGAAGAUGCUUUGUGCACUUUUUUUUUUUUUUUUGCUCUCGGUGUCAUGUGUUGCCGAAGAGAUGGUGUUGUGGUUUUUAGACUGGCACGUGUCAUUCCUUAUACAAAACAAAGCAUUUAAUCAGCAUUUUGUUUGCUUCUUGGCAUUAGACAGAGUAAUUGAAAUCCUGACCAAUGUAUUACUCUCAAGUCGAAAUAUCACAAAGUAUAAAAUGAGUAUCCUUCCAUUUUAAACACAUUGUAAACAAACCCUUUGUAGACACUGGAGUUCUGUAAAAUAGUAAUUACUGGCGAUGAUGAUGACGAUGAUAAUAAUAAUGGCUGUCUGUUCUUCUUGUUUUAUAAAAGUGUUGUGAAAAUUGUAAGAAACUUAAAGUAUUUAAAAAAGGUUGUUCUCUUGUUUUUUUAUUUGCUUUGAUUUUGUUAUGAUAAUAUAUUAUUGUGUACCUAUUGUAAAUAUGAAGCACACCUAUUUUGCAAGCCAAGGAUUCACUUUGUACUGUUGUUAUAUAUAAAUAAACUUUGCUGGUUAAAAAUUGCAUAGAGCCGAAA